AUGGAAGCGGAUUACAGCAUCUACACCGGCAAAGCAAAGGCUUUCUCAGUCGUUGACUAUGUCCUCUUCUCUCUCACCUUGGCAGCAUCGUUAGGGAUCGGGCUCUUCUUUGCCAUCAAGGACAGAAUGAACCUGGAAUCGGAGGAGUAUCUCUUAGGUGGUCGCAAGAUGUAUGCAAUCCCUGUAGCGUUGUCGCUGUUGGUAACGUUCAUGUCCGCGAUGACGUUGCUCGGGGCGCCGGUCGAGAUUUACAACUACACGACGAUGUACUGGUGGAUAUGUGCAUCGUUUGUGUUGGCGAUAAUACUGUCGGGUGUAGUGUUUAUUCCGUUCUUUUUCAAACUGGGAGUCACAAGUGUGUUUGAGUAUCUUGAGAUGAGAUUCAACAAAGCUGUUCGCACUCUUGGUGUCGUCAUGUUUCUUAUAUCAACGCUGGUAUACCUGUCCCUAGUGUUGUACGCUCCGUCGCUGGCUUUAAAUGUUGUAACAGGAAUAAACCUAUGGGGUUUACUGGCCUCCGUCGGUCUCAUAGCUACUGUUUACACUGCUGUGGGCGGUAUGAAGGCCGUGUUGUGGACAGACACGCUGCAGGCGGUCAUCAUUGCCGCUGGGUUGUUUGCGGUUCUCAUCCAGGGUUCCAUCGUAAUGGGAGGCUUCCAGAACGCCUGGGACAUUGCCGCCAACAGAUCUAGGAUCAACUUCCACGAGGUCAGUGCUGAUCCAACAACACGGCAUUCUGUAUGGACGAUCGUUAUCGGCGGAGGUUUUUUGUGGCUGAGCAAGUAUGGCAUCAAUCAGGCGCAAGUGCAGAGGGCUCUCUCCUGUCCGUCAGUCAGGAAAGCACAGAUUGCUCUUUUCUUGAAUCUGAUCGGCCUCAUCUUCAUCGUCAGCAUGUGCUGCAUGAUAGGCAUCGUCAUGUUCGCCUUCUACGCCGACUGUCAUCAUCUCCAGUUCAACAACCUCAUCUUUAGUGCAGAUCAGCUGUUGCCGCUGUAUGUGAUGGACAUCCUGGGACACCUGCAAGGACUGCCGGGAGUGUUUGUCUCCUGCAUUAUCAGCGGAAGUCUCAGCUCGCUGUCCUCAGGUUUCAAUGCAAUAAGUGCCGUAAUACCCAAAGACUUGAUCCAGCCAUUCUGCUGCAGCAAGAUGUCGGACAGGACUGUAACUAUUCUGUGCAAGAUUAUUGUGUUCACAGUUGGAGGUCUGACGAUAGCCCUGGCGUUUGUUGCGUCACAGUUAGGGAACGUGAUGCAGGUGCGUGAAGUAGUACGUGGACAGUUUAGGCCGUGUCUGCCAAUACACCCACAGUUUGGCCUAUAG